CCCUGCCUUCCGAUAUGCAGCGGCUCAUCAGUGCGUACGCAACCUUUCUUGGCAUUCCGUUCGGGCCCGAGCUCGCCUCCAUGGUCGCAGGCCCGAGUACGUCCCAGGCGGCCAAGGUGGCCGACGCCGUCGCGUUCAUUGAAGCCCAACGCGAGCGCUUCAGCUACCCCGGUCUUGCGCUCGCGGUUGUGCAAGGCAACGAGACGUUGAUUGCUCGCGGCUUUGGCACCAAGCAGGUCGGUGUCGACACCGACCCCGUCGACGGUGACACGCUCUUUGAGAUUGGGUCGGUGAGCAAAACCCACGUCGCCGUCGCGCUCGCCAAGCUCGUUGAUGACGGCAAGCUGCAAUGGCGCGACACGGUCAAGCAGCACCUCCCGUGGUUCACGCUCCAAGACAAGUACGCGGAAGAAGUGACGACGAUCGGGGACCUUGCGUCGCACAACUCGGUGUUUGGCAACCACGAAGGCGACGAGCCCCAGAUGAUGGGUGUCGUGCAGUCGGAGCGCGAGGGCGUUGAGCGCCUUCGGUACAUGAACACGACGCGCAAGGUCCGACCGGGCUUUGCCUACUCGAACGUCGGCUUCAACGUCCUCGGCCAAGUCAUCGAGGCUGUCUCGGGCAGCCACUGGAGCAAGUACUUGACGAAUGAGAUCUGGCAGCCGUGGGGCAUGACCUCGACGUACGGCAGCGCUGCGGACGCGCCCUCGUCGCACUUGACCCAUGGCCACUACGUCUGCAGCGGUACUGUCAUUGGCCCCUACGCGCUGCAGUCGUCGCCCUUGGCGAAGCUCAGCCCCAACGUCCCGAUGCUCGCAGCUGGCUCGAUCGUGUCGUCGAUCAACGACAUGGCGACCUUCCUCAAGCGCAUCUUGGCUAAAGGCGGGUCGAACUUCAAGUCCCCGCAGUCGAUUGAAACGCUCAUUUCGGGCCACAACCUACUUGACCUACCCGUUCCUGCGAUGGUUAUCAACACCAUGGAGAUGAAUGGCCUCCAAGCCAACCUCGACGGCGACGGUAUCAUGGUCGGCUACGGCAUCGACUUUCUCGGCAACCUCCUCUUUGGCGAGCGCUACGCCAUGAAGAACGGUGCGACCAAGGUGUGCACGAGCACGACAGCGUACGUGCCAGCGCGCGGCCUUGGGCUCGUCCUGCUGGCCAACAAGGCGUCGGUCGGUGGACAGGCCCGCGAUGCUGCUCUCCUCGAGCUCAUGCGGUCGUACGUUCUCGGCCUCUUCCUCGAUAUCCCCAAGAAGACGCUCAACGAGGCCUUUGAGGCCGGCUUGGCAAGCGCCAAGAUUGUGCCCGACACGCCCUGCGACGCGCACUACUUUGGCAAGCAGCCAUUGCCGCAAAGCAACGGGACGGUGCCAAGCACGAGCGUCCUUCCGGGCACGUACUUGUUUGAAGUCUCGCCCGACUACUACGGACCGGUGAACAUCUCGCUCCGUCACGAUCAACUGCACUUGACCUACGGUGCAAUCGACGUCGACCUCGUGGCGACUAGCGCGACCGAGUUUUUGCUUCCGUACGACUUUAUGCCGACGCAGCUCACGCUUUCGUUUGACGUCUCGGCCAAGCCGUCAUUCGAUUUUCUUGGGAAGCGAGUCGUCCAGGUCUAAGAGACACCUCGUCUCGUACUUGCUAGUGAAUGUAUCUACUCGCCCUGGG